UAUAAAUCGAUUUUUGCGAGUAGAAAUUAACAUUCACACAUCAACCUUAACACAAAAUGAUCUCAAAAAUCUACAGCGUCAGUGCCAUUUUGGCAGUAGCUUCGGCUGGACUUCUCCCGGCUGCUCACUACAGCCCCGCUUCUGCCGUCUCAUCUCAGAGCAUUGUUCGUCACGAGCAGUCUCACGCAGUUGCUGCUCCAGUCGCUUAUCAAGCCGCCCCUAUCGCCUACCAAGCCGCCCCUAUCGCUUAUCAAGCUCCCCGCGUCGCCUACCAAGCCGCUCCCAUCGCCUACCAAGCCGGACCCGCCCGCUACUCGUCCGCCGCCGCCGUCUCCUCCCAGAACAUCGUCCGCCAUGAACAGCCCCUCGCCGCUGCUGUAGCGUACCGCGCAGCACCCAUCGCCUCUGUAUCCUACGGUGCCGCCCCCACCCGCUACUCCUCUGCCGGCGCUGUCUCCUCUCAGAACAUCGUUCGUCACGGCAGCUCAGCCGCAGUGCUCGCCGCGCCCGUCCACUACGCCGCCCCCGCGCCGGUCGCCAUCGCUCACGCCGCCCCCGCCCAGGUCCACACCGUCGUCGAGGAGUACGAUGCGCACCCCAAGUACGACUUCGCCUACUCCGUAGCGGACGGCCACUCCGGUGACAACAAGUCUCAGCACGAGAGCCGCGACGGCGACGUCGUGCACGGAGAGUACUCGCUGCUGGAGGCUGACGGUUCCGUGCGCACAGUCCAGUACACCGCUGACCCGCACAACGGAUUCAACGCCGUCGUCAGCAACUCCGCUCCCGCUCAUCAAGCCGCUCCCGCUCACGGAGCCAUCUAUGCUACUCAUCACUAAUUAUGUACUGUGAGCAAAACCUGUUCCAUACCUCAUAAGUGAAGUGAAGAAGUAAAAUAAGCUCGUUUGUGUUCAAGAUGUGUAAAUAUUGAUAAGGAAAGCCAAUAAAUAAGCUAUUAUUUAUA